UUCCACUAGAAGGUAAGUCCAAGAGGGAAGAGGCUUUGUCUAACCUGUUUGGGGCUGUGAUUAGAAUAAGGCACAUGGGAGGCAUUCAGGAAACUUGUGAAAUGAGUGAGCAAUGGCAUAUCAAGCCUGCACAAUAAUUGUUUUUAAUUUCAGUACUGAGAAGGAGUUUAGGAAAGGGUUUGGAAAGGAGACCACUGAGAAAAAUAUUUGCUUGUUUAAGAUGAGUUGAAUCAUGCAGAUAUCUGUGGCAAGAGUCUGGGACCAGCACAUGCAAAGGUCCCGAGGCAGGAGCCCUUUGCUUGCCUGAUGUUUUCAGAAGGUGGCAGGGAGGCCAGCAUGUCUGGGGAGGAGAGGCUAGGGGAGAGGGGUAGGAAAUAAGAAUGGUAACCAGACAGAAUUUAUUCACCUCUCCACCCCCUGCACCAAGAAUUGUGUACAGAACAUAGUAGGUGUUCAGGAAAAAUGUGUUGAACGUUCACAUGUGACACGUUAAUGCCAAAGCAGGGAAUGGUAGAGAAAAUCCUGAAUAGACAAAUUAAGUUUCCUCCUAUCCCAGCAGAGUGGAGGGCUUGGAAUAGAUAUUAGAUAGAGUUGUUAAACUGUCACCAGUCAAAUGGGGAUUGUGACCUCACAUAGCCAUGAGGUGAGCUACGAUUCAGCCUGCUGCCCAGGGCCGGCCUGGGUUUCAUGGGUGACUUCACAAUGGCCAGCGUGGUGCCCUGCCCACCGCCACAGUCCCAGUCCACCAUGCUAACCACCCUGUGGCUGCUGCUCAGCUUUGCUGUCCCCUUGCCAGGGUUCUAUGUCUCCUUCAGCUGUCCCAACGAGAAACAAUGCCAAAGAGCCCUCCUCUCGGACAAUGACGUCUUCUUGCCCUGCAACUCUUCUGGGUCACAGUGGUACUUCUUCCUGCAAGACGGGACCAGCUGGUCCCACACACUCUCCAGUGCUUCCAACAUAGAAAUCAUACCUGACAGCGGCGUUCUCAUUCGGAGUCCGUUGCCCUCCCAGACGGGUUUCUACCACUGCCAGGACAAGGACGGCCUCCAAGUGGUACAGUAUGAGAUUGACUUCCAGGAUGUCAGCACCCUGCACAUAACACACAAGGGACUGGGUCAGAAGCCCCUGCGGAACGAGAGCCUGAGUCUGGGUGGCAAAGGGAUCGUCUUCACCCGCUGGGAGCCCUGGCAGGACUGUAACCGCUGUGGGGGGCUGGGCGAGCGGAAACGCCUGGGGUACUGCUACAUCGAGGAGCCCCUGCAGGAACCCAUGCCCUGCUGGCUGUAUCUGGGAGGUAGGAAGGUGUGGUCCAGCCGCAUGCGGCCCGAGAUGCAGGUGGACGCCUGCCACGUCCCGUGCACGGCACUGACGUCGGAUUACGUCCCCUUUGACAACUUUGAGAUCACUGAGGAGUCGGGAUCCGUGUGGCUCACCUGCCCCCUGGGAUCUGUCUACAGGCCCAUCCUCUGGGAAGCCGACAACAUCCCCCUGACCUGGCAGAGCCAGCUCUCCAGCCAGGACUUGGACACCAUUCUGGAACCUUCCAACGGCGGCAAGCAACUGCGGGUCUUCCAGCCGGCCAUUUACAAGUGCUUCGUGCAGCAGGAGCUCAUGGCCCGGUUCAACCCCGUGCCCUUUCCAGGCACGGCGGAGACUCUCAGGGAAGAGGAAGGCGGGCCACACCGGGGGAAAGGCAAGACCCAGGAGGGGAAGGCCAGCUCCAUCCUCAAGGGGCUCAAGUUGCUGCUGCUGCUGGGCAUGGUCCUGGGCCUGCUGGGGGUGCUGCUCAAGAUCUUCCACCCUUCCCAGGGCAAAAGCAGUGACCAGGUGCUGCUGGUGAAAUGAAGCAAGCCCUCUGUGCCCAGGA